AGGGAGAGGUGUACCAAGAACUGUAAGAUGUAUCAUACAAGUAUUAUAUACACAUACAUAGUUAAGUUAGCAUUUACAUGCAAGCCAGUAUGCACACUUUCCCUUAUACCCUAAACUCAGCCUUUGUUAACUUUGAAACUCACAGUGCAAAUGUCAUUUGUGUUUGUCCCAAAACUGAGAACGACAAUCAAAUAUCUAAAACAAAGUCACACCACCUCACAGAUGAGAACAUGUGACUGCCCUCUAAUAGUGACUCAGGUGACCUGGCAAGUCAGGCGAUGUAAAUACCGUUCCUUGGUAAUGACUAUGCGUGAGAGUGUGUUUGUGUGUGUGUAUUUGCCUGGGGGGCCUGUAUUUGCCUGGUUCUUAAUAUUGUUACAGUAACAUGAUGUGUGGGAAAAGAACGGGUGCUAUUUAAAAUAAGGAUACAGGUAUGGAGCAACCUGCCAUAUCAAUAAAUACAUAAAUAAAUGUACACAACAUGCAAAACUAAAAAAAAUGCACAAUUGCAUGCAUUAAUACAUGCAUCAAUGAAUGCAAAUAAAUAAAUGAGUGAGGAAUUACAAUUUUUGGGGAGAGAAAAGGCUUAAAUUAAUAUGUUAUAUUCCUAUCCAGUUAGACCCAAUUUAUUUAUUUGUUCAUCCAAUAUGAUAAUGGGAGGGUGUAGAACUGUGGGAACAGAUAGUCAGACAAGACAGACAAGCAAUUUUUUAAAUCUGACAUACACUGAAGAGCAGGGGCGGUUCUAGGGUGGGGGUGGGGUGCAUUGCCCCUGUGACAACAAGCUUGUACCCCCUUGUCCCCCCAUCCCCACCUUCACCAACCCAUUGAUGAUGGGUAAAACCUUCUGCUCUGUUUGUACUAUUUAGUUGUUUAGUAUCUACUUCUCACAGUAGCCUACUUCAUACACCCCUAUAGGGCUUUUGUUUUUAUUUAUACACCGACACGACCGGUCUAUAUCAUUUAGCCUAUAUAAUAUAUAUAGCCUAGCAUUUAUCAUUGUAGCCUAGAUACUUUAUUUAAAAAAUAUUAAUUGUGAAGUAGAUUUUUCAACGAGACUGGUUGUUGUUAAUAAAGUAAAAAUUUAUUGCAGCACGCCAGAUGUCAGUGGUAAAAUAAUCGCUUUACCUAGGGUGAGUGCCUACACCCGCCAACUGUAGGCACUGGUAUUCACUGGUAAUCACUGGCAGAAAGAAAAAGUUCCUUCAUGAAACUUAGCAAAACAAGAUGUGUAUUAUCUUGAGUAACUGGGUCAUCAUUUCUGGAAAGAGACAUUUGUCAGCAAUGUCUCUUUUCUUUUUUUCUUGCGUUUUGAGAACCACAAAGCCAAAUUCCAUGAUUUUCGAGAGGAGGUUUACACUAUCUCUAGCUAGCCUACGGCCGAUAUCAAAAAAAAAAAAUCAAGCAAGAGGAAAAACAUGUUGUUUUGAUUUUUGGGUGAACUUGUUUAAGCAACAACUCAGACAGUAGUCUACACCAGACCGGUUAUGCUAAUAAUUUCCCAAAAUAUUUGACAAAUCUGAGUUUGAACCAACUAGUUAAAUGUUAAAAACAGAAUAAAUUACAAAUUUGCCAGACUAACCGAAAUAAGCCUGUCUUCAUGGGUGAGCUAGCUUUAAGAAACGACCCAGUUUCAUAUAUUGCAUAUGGCGCUAUUCAAUUUAAAAACAUACAUUUGCCUUAUGUAGCCUGUGAUUGGUGGCUGGUCCAGGAGUUCAACCUUCCCCAUUCAGGUUUUUCGGGAAAUCCCCUAAACGUGGAGCAGCUUGCAUCAAAAUAUUGUUUCCGCAGAUUGCAAGCGACCACGAACGACUGGUCGAUUUUUAUCUUUGUUAGAAAGGGUGCAACCUAAAGAAUUACACAACAUUACUCUACAGGAAGCGAGACCCUGUCGCCUUCCUGUCUCCAGCCUCCUUCAGCACCACCUAACAUUACCGGGCGAGCAGCUGAGAGAAUUAACGGGGGACACCAGAUGGAAGAGCUGUUGGACAACCUUGCCCUGAGCCAAGGCUCCUUUCAGAAGCUGUGGGAGAACAUUCCAGCUCCCUCCAGAAACUGGGAAGAAUUUAACGCUACGCUCAUACCUGAUGAUGCUCUCCAUGAGGGUUUUGACGAACGCCUCUUUGAGCUGCCUAGCACCCAGGAGUUCUCGGGGUUACCUGUGGACAACGUGCCACCCCCGACCUCCACCGUGCUGUCCACUGUCGACCACCCAGGCCAGCACAGCUUCCAACUGAGCUUCCAGGAUUCCGGCAUCGCCAAGUCUGUCACUUCCACUUUCUCCCAGCAACUGAAUAAACUGUACUGCCAGCUGGCCAAGACUUGUCCCAUCGAGGUGCUGGUGGCUGUGGAGCCCCCCCAGGGAGCUAUCCUCCGGGCCACCGCCGUCUACAAGAAGGCGGAGCACGUGGCCGAGGUGGUCCGCCGCUGCCCCCACCACCAGAAGGUGGCCGAGAACAACGAAGGCGUGUCCCACCGCAGUCACCUAAUCCGAGUGGAGGGGAACCAGCAGGCUCAGUACGUGGAGGAUGAACACACCGGGAGACAGAGCGUCACAGUGCUGUACGAGCCCCCCCAGCUGGGCUCUGAGGUGACCACCCUGCUGCUUAACUACAUGUGCAACAGUAGCUGCAUGGGUGGGAUGAACCGUCGGCCCAUCCUGACCAUCCUGACCUUGGAGACACCUGAGGGCCAGGUUCUCGGGCGCCGCUGUUUCGAGGUUCGUGUUUGUGCCUGCCCCGGACGCGACCGCAAGACGGAGGAGGUGAACGCCAACAAGCCCCAGAACGGCACCAAAACGCCCGGAACCAAGAGAAAGAGCCAGCCAGCACCUGCUACAGAGGCCAAGAAAGUCAAGAGCACCAACUCUGGUUCCGAAGAUGACGAUAUCUUUGUCCUCCGCGUUCAUGGAAGAGAGCGCUAUGAGUGGCUGAAAAAGGUCAACGAUGGACUGGAACUGAUGGACCGUAUGCCAGCAGCUGAUGUUGAGAAAGUCAAGCUGAAAAGUCAGAAGACGGCUAAACUCGAGAUGGAGCCAAAGAGUGGCAAGCGACUGCUACUGAAGGACAGCUCUGAGUAGCCACAGAAGCCGCAUGUUGUGUGUGGGUCCAUUGUGACAGCUGGAGCUAAAUUCUACCCACUUAGAGAUAAGUUUGUCCACUAGCACUUUAGCUUAGUUUAAUGAUUUGGCCCUAUCAGUUUCGUACCCAGAAAUGACCAACUAAUAUGCUGACAGCUCUCAUUGGCCAGUUCCCCUAAAGAGUUUUGUUUUUACAAAAUUGUUUGUACAAUUUCAUGUUUUUGUAUAAUCUCCCUCCCUGCUAAAAAUGCAUUACCAUGUAUGCUAUCAUAUGUAUUUUCUGCUGUAAUGACUAUGAAACGUUGCUUGAUUAUCUUGUUGGAACUUGGUGCUAAGGCAGAAUGCUUACUUUUUUAUGGAAAAAUACAUUGCAGGAUAGGCCUGUCAAGUUUGGUGGUCAGAUGGCUGAGCGGUUAGGGAAUCGGGCUAUUAAUCAGAAGGUUACCGGUUUGAUAUCUGGCUGUGUCAAAGGGAGGAGUGUCCCUGUACUUACUGUAAGUCGCUCUGGAUAAGAGCAUCUGCUAAAUGUAAAUUUCACCCAAAGUUUGGCGU